AUGCUCAUGGCAAGCGCUACAAAAACCGCUGGCGAAUCGGCUCAAGAGCGACCUCCCGACGUUCCAGUGGUCUUCAGGGAGCGUGUACUGGAACUCGGAGAGCUCACCGCGGAAAUACCGACGCUCUUUCUCGUGCACUUACAGCGAACACGAGCAGCAAGUCCGACAGAGCCACUGGUGGUGCGCAUCAGCGUAGAAGGCCCGCUAGCUCCGUUCAUCUGUUUCCAGCGCGAGAACGCCAACUGGGACGUCCCCUAUGCCCAGCAAAACGCUCUCUUUCACGAGCUGAACUUGACUGAAACGUUCCAAGUUCCGAAAACCGCAGAGACGGAACCUUUGCCCGUAAUCGUACAGGUCAAACCUGAACUAGUUCGGCAAGCUGGCUUCAGCUUCCAACGCGUACACGGCCUGAUCAACCUCACAUCUGUACCAGACGGAACGUUGCUCUGCUCGUUACCUGUGAACGGCCGUGUUAUUCGUUCUUUGCUCACCUUCACGCUGGACAGCCGGCCCGACGCGACCGCACCGCUGCAACGGGAUACCGGCGGGGAGGAGCGAGCAACAGGCGCUGCGAGUCCGCGAACGCCUACCGACAACAACAGUGGACGCAUGGACCAGUCUAGUGGCGACCUGCGGCAUGCCGCUACACCCGUCAACGCGAAAGCGACCCAAGGCAUAGAGUCAGGCCCCAGCGUCGAGAAGACGCUACUGCUCGAGGUGCCCGUAUCGCAAACAACGACCGCCAAGGAUGUGCUUCUCUGGAACCAAAGUGAGCUGGCUACCCAGUUCAGUUUACAAAUUCAACCCAAGAGCGGCAGUCUAACGUGCACCGACCUGGAGAGUGGCGUGCCUCUGGGGCCGGGACCUCACCGAAUUGGCGGUCUGCAGUACCGACGAUUGCGCUUUGCCUUGGAAGCUACGGAAUGCGGGCGUUUCCAGUAUACAGUACGGUGCCUCAACUGGAGAAAUCCGGAGAAUCAAGCGCUACUCUCCAUCCAUUGCCUGUGCGGUAUCCAGAAACCGGCCACGCUGGCCGUUUUUCGCCUAGCUGAACAACCGGCGAGUGUGGCGAUCGAUGAACUCGACUUUGGUGACGUGUACGCUGGCUCGACAGUUGCGCGCGACCUUGUUGUGCAGAACUGUGCAACUGACGCUACAAUUCUGAUAUCCAUGGACCAAGAGCUAGCCGCCCGCUGGUCCAUUGUACCUGUUGCACCGGUCGAGGUCCCAGCAAAGGAGGCACGUCCCAUUCGGAUUGUUUAUCAACCACCUUUGCGCUCGCAGGCAGUGAUCGCCGCAGUAGAUGGACGCUUUGUGGAGAGGCGCUUCCCUCUGGUGUUCUGGGUAAUGCUCAGGACGUCCGAGGUACCAGAGCGUACCAGAGCGCAGCGAGUUGCGAUGGAAUCAGAAGCGACAACUCCUGGUUCACCGAGCGAGGUGCUCGAGCAUGUCUUCCCUGGACCAGCGGGGUACACCGAUGACACCGGCUUGCUGGGAUCCGAUCGCGUCUGCGGAACGAGCACUGGGAGCGCUGCCUCGCGAGUUGCAGCGAGUCGCUUUCCGCUCGGGGACGAGCAGCAAGAGCCGCUAAUCGACAGUGCGGUAUCCGCGCCAGAUGCCGGCCUCCAGAGCGCUCCAGAACGGGCGUCGCUGCACGCGCUAAGCGCCAGCGAACGCACCAUGUACGAACAACAACAGCACCAGCAGGGUAAUGGCGCUGAGCUCAGGUCCGACCUCUUGGACGGGAGCGCCUGCGCGCCCAGCACCGUACCCGCUGGUGCAGCUGCCUGGAUGCCAGCCGCAAACACGUCGUCGGCAACUUCUGGUGAAGAGGUUGUGCCUUUUCGUUCGCUUUCGGGACGCGACGCUCUCGACGACGGAGAGGUACUCGCCCAGCGCAAAAUACUCUACGGACGAGCGCGAGUCAGUGAGUCACUCGUGCGGGUGCAUCCGACGGAAAUUCACCUGGGCGACUGUUACGUGGAAUCCACAGUGACCACGUCUGUGCAGGUGGUGAACCUUGCCGACCUCCCAGCCUUUCUCUCGGUGCGCUUCUCCUCGACGUCGCUCCGGGUGGCAUCGCUUGAGCCUAUCAUUGGCCCUCGCCAGAUCUAUGAUCUCCGGAUCGACUUUACACCGCAUCGUGUGAAUCCAGACUAUAGCAAACAGUUGACGAUACUGAAUUUGCGGAAUCCUCGCGAUGAACAUGUCGUGGUGAUACGCGCGAACUGUGUCGACCGCUUUCGCGUGCUCUACCACGCGCUCUUCUACCGACUUGCUACCGAGCGUUCCACCCAGGUGAAUGAGCUUGAUUACGGGAACGUGGUGGCUGGUCACGCGUACAUUCGCGCUUUUCAGGUGCGGAACCUGACCGACAAGCGCCUUGUCCUGGGUUUUACCUGCCCGGCACGGCCGCAUGUGGAGCUGCUCGCGGAUCCCCGGUUCGAGCGCGCUCAACCGCACCCGUCAAUCUCCGAAAAGGACGCUUCGGAACAGCAACGCCAACCAGCGACGUUACCAACGGAAGCUUGUCUACCGCACGCUGCCUUGGCGGAUGCAGAGGCAGCGGCACCUGCCCCUGCAGCGCAUGUCGUAGCGGACGGUGUGCAGCUGCAGUGCUCGGCUCGCACGUCUGGCAACGAGGCAUGCACGGCUACGGAAGCGACGGAAGCAGCGGCACCUGCUUCUCGAGCACGGACCCAGUGGCGUAACACGGGCGUCGAAACACAGUCUACUGAGCACACUGAGGAAGCGAUGGCUCUUCCAGGUACAGCGGCAGCCGCUGAUUCGACGACAACCGGAACGCGCCUCUGCACACCAGUACGAAAUGCGUCGGCGGGUGAGCACUCCAGUGAUGCCUCGCGAACGGGCGCGAGUCAGCUUCUGCAGCCGUCUCGUCAUCAUCGUCGUCGGUAUCGACAUAGCGUCCGUUUGCGGCAGACAGUUCGGCGUCGUCGAUCACAGGCUUCCAGUGAUUCAGAUGAGGAGACGCUGUCGGAGACCUCAGACUCAAACGAACUGGGUAGAAACGAAACCUCACCAGUGAGUCUACGUGCCGCUGACAUUUUCGCGCAGCUGAUGCGGAUGCCGCCCGCCAUUCCAUCCUUCUUUUCGACUGCCGAAGCAGAAGCAGACUUUAUUCGCGAGUCGCUGCGUCCCGCACAAGCGCUGGUCCAGGCGUGUGAUGCAGGCCUGCUCCGACGGAUACAACAGCAGCAGCUGGAGAUCGAGCCCAACGCCGAGGCAACCCUCUAUGUGGUUAUCCAGUUCGACGCCGCCGACCGCCGACUGCGCACCAAACUGCGUCCUUUUGAGGAGCGCCUCUAUCUGCACCUCGUGGACUAUGAUCAAAGUCGUCUCCCGCUGACACCGACACGGCUGCAUGCGUCGUCUUUGCCGCCACGGGAGCUGGUGCUGCGAGGUCGGGUUUGCAUCUCUCGAAUGGAAGUUGCCCAGCCGCAUAUCAACUUUGGGGGUAUCGUCGCAGGUGAGCAACGAUCUAAGACGCUGCUUCUGCAGAACGUAUCGGAGAUGCCGGCUUUCUACGCUGUACGCAAGUCUGGUUCUGUGGAUAGCAGUUAUUUGCACUUUGGGUCUGAUCGGCGCGGAGUUCUGCGGCCGUUCAGUGCCAAGGAAGUUCCUUUCGUAUUUCGGCCUUCGUUUCAUGGUGCCUUCGAGGAGUGUGUCUGGAUUGUCAAUCUGCUGGAUCCCAGCGAUGCCCAUCCGGUAACCAUGAAGGCACUCGUACACCGCCGUACCCAUUUUGUCGUGCGACCGCUGCAGCUCGACUUUGGGAGCGUAUCGUGUGCAGUAGCGCCCGGUGCUGGCAUACGGCGUUCCUUUCAGCUCCAGAACUGCUCGGAUCGUCGGCGUGUCUUCGUGAUCGAGCAGGACGCUGCUGAUCAACGGACGACAGCCACGGUGUGGCUUGCGGUGGACGCUCUCGAGUCCUCGAUGUCGAUUCGCGUGCAGCCUGGUGAGUCUCGGCCGGCGUUCUUGCCCGGACCAGGAACGGAAGCAACCGAAACAGCAACGCCUUCCGAGUCUGUGGUUCACUCGUCAGUGUACGACGGGGAAUCGCGAGCGCACGAGACCCCGGAUAACGAACGCAGCGCCUGUGGAGGACGCGUCGCCGAAGCGGCACUAGCCGAAUCUGUUGCUGCUUCCAUGCUGCCGCAGGCGCAUGAGCAGGAACAAGCGCUAUUCGCUGGUGCUGGUGCUAUACCCGGAUCGAUGCAGACGUCCCUUGAUACCAACGCAGCGAUCGAGGCACUGGAACAGAAACUCCGUAUCGCCGAAAGAAAGGGCCGGACGGAAAAAGUGGAGCGCCUCCGUGCAGCAAUCGCACAGCAGCGAACGCAUCAGUUGCAGGAUGCGGACUCAUCGACAAGAACGCUGACGCAAGGUGAGUCGGUCACCGAGCUGGACGCUCCAGAAGCGCAUUCGAUGCCACCGGAGAAUGUCCGCGAGGCAUCGACGUGUGUCUCGGGGAUGCGACCUCGAGCGGCACCUACUGCUUCACGCAGGGCAGCAACCGCGCUUCAUGCCGGGCGCUUGGUCGUUACGCUUGCUCCUGGUCAAGUCGCUCGUCUGGCUGUGUCGCUGACGUCGGUUGCAGGCGUACGAGGUCGUCGACAAGUAUCUCUGCGUGUGUUUGAACAACGUAAUCGGGAUGAGCAGCAAUGUAUCUGCUGUUCAAUGGAGGUCUGGGAUUCGGACCCUGCGGUACCACCGACGGCAACGAGCGACGACGCUCCGUCAAACGUCGUCCCUGAACAAGACGUGAUGGCGACGAGAAGCUCCGCGCACGAGAGCGCAUGCAACGACACCGUGUCCAGUGACUGGAAUGGGUCACCAGAUAGCGCCGGACGUUGGCCUGCAUUUGCGGAAACGGUACCGGUUCUGCCCAGUACCGCAAGACGCGUGGAGCGCACAGGGAGCUCGCGACUCAUUCAGAUAUCACCGCUGGUGAUCGCGUUUGGCAAAGUGUCGCUCGGUCAGACGGUGACCAGCCGCCUGACGAUCCAGAACGUUUCUGAUCGAAAGGUUGCGUUCUCGGUGCUGGAGGAUACGCAGGUGGCGCUUCCUGCCACGCUGCUCUGGAGUCCCAUGCGCGGUACCGUCGACGUGCACGGUGUUGCCCAGGUGCGCCUCAGUUUUCGCCCCGACCGCAUGGGUACACUAUCGAGAACGCUGGUGGUAACCGCCUGGCUUCAACCAGCGACCGAGGCUUUGGUGGGCGCUCCGGCGAGUCGCCUCGUGCACGCCACUGGACGCUCCGGCGGGAACAGUGGUGGUAGUGGUGGUGGUGGUGGUGGUGGCUGGGUUGGCACCUCGCCAGCCUCGACUGCACCAGUUGAGACGGUGCGUGUUCGGGUACAGGGUCAUGUGCUGCCUCGUCGGGCGCUGUACCUGCCUCAGUUGGAAUCCAGUGCCGUCGAGCUAUCAUCGAUUGGUGUUCAGAGGGAAGCGGCGCCUUCAUCGGAGCCGCUACGAGCCUCUUCGACCGUACUCGUGUGGGAUUGGGGUGAUCUCGCUCUCGACCCCGAGCAGGGUGGUGUGUGUGCGGUGCGGAGCCUCACGAUUGUCUCGAGAAGCGAUGAACCGUUAAUGUUACAGGUUCGGAGCAACCUGGCGAAACAGAUCCUGCUUUUCACAGACGCGAUGCGGCAGACACCGUUCCCGCGAGCAGUCCGCGUUGCACCGGGCGCGACGGUUACCGUGCACGUGGGUCUCGCACCACGCAUUCCGAUUCUUGAGUUAUAUGCAGGGGUUGUUCGGGAGCUCGUUGCGGGGCUCCUGCUGAGAGCCUGGCGCCCUGAUCCAGUCCAGAGCGAAGCGUCCCUGGAUGCUGGAUGUGCGCAAGCUGCGCUCGUGGAUAUCGCUACGGUGAAACUGAAGGCCCGGGCGGGAUUCGUCUACCCAGUGUGUUUGCGAUCACUGGUGCUGGUGCUCGGGGUAACGGGCCCGAUUGCAGUCACAGAGGCCGACAGAGGUGUACGCGGUCGAGUUGCAGACAGUGUGAUGGAAUCCACUGAUGAUGUGCAGGAUACGCAAGCGUUCUCAACAGAGGAGAACGCGAUCGCGACGAUUCAUUACGUGCAGGAUACUCAUGCGUUCACAGCAGAGCAGCGGCGUGGACUGCGACAACGACACCCGAUUAGACCGGCGCCCGAGUUGCUUGCACUGUGGCCGACUGCAACGCUGCAAGCACUUGUGGACCUCAACGGGAAGCAAAGUAUUAGUUCCGGUAUCGCAGAUGGAGUCACUGGAUCGGGGGAACGGCGUCCGGGCCUAUCGCAUCUGUUCCAGACUGCCUGGUUCCGCUUUGGUGCUCGAGGCCGACUACAAAUUCGUAAUCUCAGCAAUGGAUUAUCGCUCAGAUUGCAACUUCGAUAUGAAGAGCGUUCCGUGCUCCACGCCUUUGCCGGUGACGAUCUCGGGCGCUCGGAACUUGGCUCGGAGGUCACUGUUGAUGAGCGACGCCCUGAUCCUGCCGUGCCUGAUGACGCCCCCGAGGACGAAGAUUGCGAGCAACAACCAUCUCUGGUAUUUGCUCAGCAGCAAAUCACCAUCGCUCCCCAGUCUCAAGAUGUGCUGACCUUCGAGUGGCGUAACUGCAGGCGAGCAGCGCUCCUCGAGCAACGGGUGCGCCUCGAGAACCUGGCGUACUCGCGUCGAUCUUACGACUUGCAGUUGGUAUUUGUGCAUCGGGUGCCGGCAGUGCAGCAGGAUAGUCGGCUCUCGCGUCUGCACCUGGAGCUUAACGAGCCCUGUCUGCUUCGAGCGGAUACGAUGGGGCAAGUGCGUCCCGGCAACUGGCACAUUCGCUGGAUCAACGACGAUUCGCCGUCGUCGUCGUCGUCGUCAGCAGCAGCAGCAGCAGCAGCAAUAACAACCAUAGCAACACCCCAAGGCGUCUCAUUUCGCCUGUAUGUAGAUGGCUUUCCUGAACACUGGCCCUGGCCGCAUGUUGCGUGUGGCUCGGACUCGCCGCCGCUGUCAUCAUCAUCAGCAACAGCAGCAGCAGAAGAAGAAGAAGAAGAAGCGCGGAUGCUACCGAAUCUGACAGAGCCGAGACUCAACGGCGUGUUCUGGGAAGCGGUUCCGGCCGAGGUGCUUCGCUACCAGCUGGUGCCGUCGCUGCUCCACGAACGCGAACGGGAUCUGCUUCGCGAGGGCUCGCUCGUCGAACGACGCGCCUUGCUUGUGGCCCAGCUCGCCGGACGCUAUCUCGAUAGCGUUCCGGUAUCGUUGCGAUACGGCUGUGCGCGCAUGGCCCUGGUGACCCCGACGAUCGACAUUGGCACCAUCGGGUACGCGCAGCGCAACGCUCCCGUGGUGGUGCACGCUCUACUUCGGAACGUGGGCGCAGUCGCUGCACGUUGGCGUUUGCCGUUCUCGGUACUGCCGCCAGGGGUCGAAGCGGGACCCCCGGGAGCCAGCCCUGUUCCAAACGAGCAACAGAGGCCGGCCCUGGAGACGCCGCACCUCGAGCCCAGUGCCAUUGAGCAUCGUUUUGAUGGCACUAGGGGCAACGUCUCCAAAGACGCACCUGAUGCGUGGCAUGCAGCCUCGCUAGAGGCGUCGUGGCGGCCGCAGGCGACUUGGAGCUCGCCUCAUCCCGAUGCCGAAUCUGAGACACUCGUGCCGCCCAGCGCCAGUGCCGACGUCAUGACGCCACCAGUAGCGCAAGAUCUUCGAGAUGCAUACGCAAGCGGAACGCGUAUGGGCGUGCCCCCGCACGAAGCCGCUUCGGCAGACGUGGAUCGCAGGGGCGCCUCCGCAUCGACGUCGGCGACCGCUGCAACCUCGCAACUGGUACCGACUCAGACGCGCAUGUCGUUGCUACAUGAAGCGGAUGCGAGCGCCCUUGAAGGCCAACUUGAGCCCGGUGAGCAAGUCUGGGUACCACUCGUGGUGCGGCCAGCGGCGCUAUCGCUGGGAGCUGGUCCAUUUGAGCUCCUGGUGACAAUUGAGAACGUCUGGCAACCGCAAGAGCACCUGGAACUCCGCAUUGUUGGUCAGUUCUCCGUUCGCUUGAUACAGGAAUCGAGUCCGGUACUGCUCAAUGAGCAAGGCCACGGCACGUUGGCGAUCAGCAUUCCCGAGGCUGCUCGUGGUGAUGUUCAGGUCACUUGGCAGACAAGCGUGGUACCUACCGGGCCCUAUCGAGACCUUGUGCUCCAAGAUCGUGCCAGUUCAGCGACGUUACGUUCGCUAACGCUCGCCAGUGGUGAAAAGUUCGAACUGGCGGUAGUGGCGACGCCCAAAGAAACCGAGCAUGAACGUGUUGCGGGCUGUUCGGUCGGAGGCGCGGAGGCCGCUGCGGCAGCACCAAGCCUGGAUCUGGGCAUCGACUCGGAGCCGAUCGCCUGGAUUGAGUUAGCUCUGCGACGAAAACAGGACGCCGAGGCGGGCCCUCUGGAGCGCAUCCCGGUGUACCAAGGAAAGCGGUCACUGCCGAUGCAACAGGUCAUGGUGCCCGCGGAUACUUCCGAUGCACCGCCACCGCCACCGACAACGUCGAUGAUGAUGAUGAUGAUGAUGAGCGACACGCGAGCCUCGUCACAAUCCGAGGCACGAGAAGCGUCCAAUCGGGACGACUUGCAAACGCGCGAUGAUCGUGUGCAGCAGUCACCGGUGCCACUGGCGGCGGCAGAGGAGCCGCACGAAUCCCGCACGGACGCCGCGGCACUGGAACCGGUUGUCGUCGGUGAGCGACAAGCUGCGGCGCCUCGCGUGGGGCACCCCGAGCGCCUGCCAUUGGCGACGAGUCCGCAGUCUGACAUGACUGCUGCGACUUUGGCGACGAGUUCGUGCACGACUGGCGCAGCAGCGCAAGCCGGUGUCGAGCAAGAGCCGGUCAGCGCUUCGUUUAGCGCUGAGGCCUCCGACGCUGCAACUGCUCCCGGCUUGCAUCCGAAGGAUACGUUAUCAGCACCAGAGCAGCCAAUGGCCGCGAUCGAUGAUUCGGAGACCCAUGGCGACGUCUUCGCCGCAGCCGCCGCCGCCACCACCACCACCUGCGUGGACGCAGACGAAACAGCACCACAGCGGGGCCCGCGCACAUUCGGUCUCCACGGCUGUGCUGACAUUGGUGAGCACCUCUACGAACUCGACGCUGGUGUUGUACCACUCGGGAGCCAAGCGAUUCAACGGACAAUCAUCAUCGUGCAGCGUCCGCUGCAACGAUGCAUGCCUGUAUCCACAUCGGUAGAUCCCGAGUCUGAGAGCGAGGCGAGCGCAUCAACUGCUGAGCACGUUCUCGAGUACAAGAUUCAUCGCGUCCCGACGCACUGGCGGCGUGCGCGUCCGGAAUCGACCGAAUGGUUCGCGCUCGAUCGCAUGGGUGGUAUUCUCGAACGGACACGACCCAGCCAGACGAUUUGCUUGACCAUGAAACCGGAGUCUUUGGGGUUCUUCCAGGAGUAUUUGUUAUUCACGGAUCGCCAAUCGCCAGCGAACUUGGCGCUCUUGCGCGUUCGCAUGGAAGUCGUCGCCGAGCGAGCUGAUGCGUCGACGAUCUUCGAGACCAGUCCACGAGAGAUCGACUAUGGUGCCGUCAUGUUGCACCACGUCUAUCGAAACAAGUCGAUACGCAUUCGAAACUUGAGCGAUCAGCCGCUGGAGUUCCUCUUGCGCCACGAUCUGGAUCCGCAAUCUCGGAGCGAAUUGCACUUCAGCACCAGCAAUCUGGCGCUGCGCAAGGUCACCAGCGUCUGGGUUGAAAAAGCCUCCUCUCGCCGAGUAUUUCUGUACUUGCGACCCGAACCGGAAUCGACGGAGACUGAUCAGCUCUGCGGCAGUGUAGUGACGCGGACGUUCCAUCUCUAUGUGAGUUGUCGCCUGGUGCGAGACUUCGAGGAGUGCAUCGAGAUUCGAUGUGCGUGCCAUGCGCCGGAGCUUCGCGUCUCAACGAACGACGUUUCAUUCACUGUGCCGAAUCUGGCGUGGCAACCGAUGCCCAGCAUGCAGCUUUUCAUCGAAACGCUGGUACCGGGAGUUCAUCACUUGUAUGAGCUGCGCUCCUCGGCGCUGUUCUUUGCGGUCACGGAGGUACAACCAGGAACGCUGUCCAUCGAGCCACGGCUCAGUGUGGUAGCCGAGCAAGCACCCUCGGAGAAAUACAUCGAAGAACACUGCUCCAUCUACAACCGAAGACGCCCCCGUGAAUUUUUCUGGAUUCGGCUGCGUUUGCAUGUUGGUGGCGGUAGCGGCAGCGGCAGCGCCGUGCCCGAAUUCAGUGCUGCGCCGCCGCGAACGCGCGUCUAUGUGCUGGAACAGACGGUCAGUCGCUUCCUCUGCCAAUUUGCGGCAUUCUGGGCGCCGUACCAGCGUCCGAGAACCCCCGGUGCCGGGACCGAUUCUAUGCAUCUGGCGGUAACGGCAAGCGAGCGCGGUGCCGGCGACCUGGUGCAUCGCCUUCGCGCUCGACAGCACGGCCAGGAUCGCGACGAGCGCGAACCGCUGAUCGUCUGGCUCGAGCGCGUCCGCCGCGCAACUGGUGUCGUUGGCGGGGCGGCGGGCGCCACCAUUGCGUACGCAGCGUUGCUCUUCGAGGCACACUACUGCACGGAUGAGUUGGUGUUUUACGCCCUGCGCGAUCAGAGCGAUACGGUUUUGCAACUGGCGCUCACCUGCUACAGUUACAUCUUCAAAUGGGAUGUGUUUCAGGUGUAUAUUCGGGAUGAUGAGACGGUCGCGGAAGCGCUCGCGCCGCUUGUCAAGUUUUGGUACGGUCAGCUGCGUCAUUUUCUGUCGUUCUUUCCGGACUCGGACCGUGUGGAGCGCCAUGGGGUGCGUAUGCAGGGCCCGUUGCAGGCGCUUCGUCAGCUGGCGGCAACCGAAGCAUCGCCGGCGACCGCAAGUCGACGCUAG